AUGCCGAAUUUCAACAAGCACUAUGAAGCGCAGACCUCUACAGCAUCACCCGCUCAACAGUUCAACAACCCGAACACCACCUCUACAACGACAGAGCUCACGUCGCCGUCUGAACCUGACCUCACACACAGCACAAACGACACCAACUACAGCACCCACCCUCCACGACGACAGAGCCCAGGUCGACGUACCACAGCAAAACGGACAAACAACUCAGCACCCUCUCACGACGACAGAGCUUCACGUCGACGUCUGAACCCCCUGACUUCAACCACAACAGGACAAACGACAACAACUCGACACCCUCGUCACGACGAAGAGCCCACGUCGAACGACACAGCAACAAACGACAACAAUACAUGCAACCUUCUACAACGACACGAGCUCACGUCGACGAAGCCACGUCGACGAACCACAGCACAAACGACAACAACUACAGCCCACUUCCACGACGACCAGAAGCUACUGUCGACGUCUGAACCCCUGACUUCACCAACAGCACAACCGACACAACUACAAGCACAACCUUCUAAGCAACGCAGAGCCCUCGUCGACGCUGAACCCUCAACUCAACGCACAACCACAAACGACAACCCGUACAGCACCCCUUCCACGACGACAGAGCCGCACUUCGACGGUCUGGACCCCAUGACUCACAACCAGCAACAGCGCAACCCGACAACAACUACAGCCCACCUUCCACGACGGACAGCAGCCCACGUCGACGUUGAACCCCUGACUUCAACCACAACAGCACCAACUACCAACCAUACAGCACCACCUUCCACGACGACAGAGCCACGUCGACGUCUGAAUCCUGACCUCACCACAACAGGACAAACGACAACAACUACAGCCCACCUUUCAGACGAAGAGCCGUCGACCACCACCUUCCACGACGACAGAGCCACAUCGGACGCCACCAGCACAAAACAACAAUACAGCACCAGCCUUCUACACGACAGAGCCACGUCGACGUCUGAACCCUUGACUUCAAUCCACAACAGGCACAAAGCGACAAAACUACAGCACACCUCCCACGCCGACAGAGCCCGACGUCGACGUCUGAACGGCCUUUUGACUUCAAACCACAACAGCACAAACGACAACAAACUACAGCAACACCCUCCAUCGACGACAGAGCCCUCGUCGACGUCUGAACCCCUCACCUCAAAACCACAAAGCACAACGACACAAGUACAGCACCACCUUCCACGACGACCAGAGCCCUCGUCGACGUUUGGACCCCUGACUCCAACCACAAAGCGCAAAACGACAACAACUACAGCACCACUUCCACGACGACAGAGCCCCGACGUCGACGUCUGA